UCGAAUUACUUGCAGCUAUCUUCAGUCGUCCAUGACAAGCCUGGAGAUCCUGACUCAUCCGAUUUUCGAUCAUGAUAGGCGACUUAAUCGCCAGUCCUAUCCAUCUCAUCGUGCUCCUUGCUGCCCUAUGGGCAGUGAUCUGGUACUUCCGGCGGCAGAACAGCCGACUGCCACCGGGCCCCAGCGGCUGGCCACUGAUCGGCAGCCUGCCGGCCCUCGGUGCGAUGCCCCACCACUCCAUCGCGGAGCUCGCUAAGCGCUACGGCCCCAUCCUCUCCCUCCGCCUCGGCACCACCACGGUAGUCGCCGCGUGCUCGGCGUCGGCGGCACGCGAGUUCUUGAAGCACAACGACACCAAUUUCCUGUCGCGGCCGCGGAACGCCGUGGCGAAGCACAUGGCGUAUGACUCAAAUGACAUCGUGUGGGCGGAGUACGGGCCUAAGUGGCGGAGCCUGCGGAAGAUCUGCGCCGUCCACCUGUUCUCUAACAAGGCGCUCGACGACUUCCGGCUCGUUAGGGAGAAAGAGGUGGGGAUCCUGGCGGCGUCAUUGGCGCGGGCAGGCGGGGUGGGGGAGAUCGUCGCUGUGGGGGAGGCAGUGCACUGCUGCAUCGCGAACGCGCUGGGGAUGGUGCUGAUAGGGAGAAGGGUGUUCGAGGAUGGGGAGGACGCCAGAGAGUACAAGGAGAUGGUUGUGGAGGGGAUGCAGCUGUUGGGGGUGUUCAACAUAGGGGACUUUGUGCCUUCGCUGGAGUGGAUGGACCUCAUGGGUGUGGCCAAGAAGAUGAAGGACUACUACCGGAGGCACGACGGCUUCAUGCAGAGGAUUAUAGAUGACCAUGCGUGCUCUUCUAGCGUUGGAUUGCAGGGCGACUUUCUCAGCGUGCUGCUGCGGCUGAAGGAUGAUCCCGUCGGUCUUGAUGGUCUCAAUGGCAAGCUGACGGAUAUUGACAUCAAAGCCUUGCUAACCGAUAUGUUCACAGCUGGUACGGACACUUCAACAAGCACCGUGGAAUGGGCAAUUGCCGAGCUGAUCAAGCACCCCCAAAUCCAAAAGAAAGUUCAGGCCGAACUCGAUUCUGUUGUUGGCCGGGACCGGCUGGUCAAUGAAUCAGACAUACCAAAUCUGACGUAUCUGCAGGCUAUUGUCAAGGAGACAUUCCGCCUCCACCCAUCGACGCCUCUCUCAAUCCCGCGCAUUGCCAGUGAAAGCUGCGAGGUAGCCGGCUACCACAUCCCCAAGGGUGCGCACCUCUUGAUCAAUGUCUGGGCUAUCAGCCGGGACCCGAGCAUAUGGACCUAUCCAUUGGAAUUCCAGCCAGAGAGGUUCAUGCCUGGAUCCAAGUAUGAGCACAUAGACGUAAGGGGGAAUGACUUUGAAGUGAUACCUUUCGGGGCAGGCCGAAGAAUUUGCCCGGGCAUGAGCAUGGGCAUAAGGUCGGUGCAGCUGAUCACCGCGACCUUGGUCCAUGGGUUCGAAUGGGAGCUGCCGGCAGGUCAGCUUUCAGAGGCAUUAAAUAUGGAUGAGUCUUAUGGAAUCACUUUGCAGAGGGCCAUGCCCCUCAAGAUCCACCCUAAACCCAGGCUUGCUUCAAGCGCUUACCUUACUUAGCUCACACGCAUGGUCUGUUUUUGAGCUAUAGACAUGUUUAGAUAUAUAAGACUAUGUAAAGUCUGGACUUCAGACUCAUGGGACUAUGUUUGGCUAGACCGCACCACCUCUCUCUCUAUUCCAGCCGAAAUCUCAGGCCGUCCAUUUAGCUGCAUGUAUAAGAGGCCGAGAUAUGUCCAAGGCUAUUGGAGAAACCUUCUCCUUCUAUGAGUGUGUUCUAUGAGUGUGUGUAUGUAUAUCUAUAUAUAAUAAUGUAGGUGUGUGUACACCUACUUCUAUUUUCCAUCAUUUUAAA